ACGCCAUUGGCCGCUAAGGGCCCCACGAGGGAGGAGCAAGCGCGAUUCAUGCGCGAAUGUUUGGCUUUCAGCUGUCAGUCAAUGAGCUUCCAGCAAGGCUUUAUUCCCGGUGUUCACCUGUGCAAGAUGAUUACUUUUUUCUGAAGCCUGUCUCAAACAGAAGGGAAAAAUGGACGACCAAGGUUGUCCGAGAUGCAAAACCACCAAGUACCGAAACCCGUCCCUGAAGCUGAUGGUGAACGUCUGCGGCCACACGCUAUGCGAGAACUGUGUGGAAAUGCUGUUUGUGCGUGGCUCGGGGAACUGCGUGCAGUGCGACACGCCUCUGAGGAAGAGCAACUUUCGCGUGCAGCUCUUCGAAGAUGCUUCAGUGGACAAGGAAGUAGAGAUCCGCAAGAAGGUGAUGAAAAUCUAUAAUAAGAGAGAAUUCGACUUCUCCAGCCUGAGAGACUAUAACGACUAUCUGGAGCAGGUGGAGGACAUAGUUUACAACCUAACAAACAACAUCGAUGUGGAGAACACCAAGCUGAGGAUGGAGCAGUACCAGAGGGAAAACAAAGACAUCAUCCAGAGGAAUAAGGCCAAGCUAACGCGGGAGCAGGAAGAGCUGGAGGAGCUGCUGCUUCUGGAGCAGCAGAGUAACGAGCAGCGGCGGCUGGAGGUGCUGCAGGAGGAGAAGAGGCAGCUGCAGGCCAAGAGGAAGAGCAAACAGGCUCUGCUGGAUGAACUGGAACAAUCUCAGCUUCCUGCCACCAUCUUAUUGGCUCAGCACAAAGUUCGUGCUGCCCAGCUGGAGACGCAGAUAGAGCAGCAAAAACAGAAUGUGAAGCCGACCAGUUUGUUUUCAACUGGAAUCCAAAUAGGUCAGACUGUCUCUCUCCAGCCUUUGCCCAGGAUACAGGAAGUUCUGUACCAGUAUAAACCCCUCCAGGUUGAAACUUAUGGACCCCCAGCACCAGACCUGGAGCAGCUCAGCAGAUUUGGGUAUCUGAACCAUGUCAGGACAGCGAUGCCCCAGGACACUGCUGGAGGAUACACCUCAGCUCUGGCGUGUUAUCGAGCCAUCCAGGAUGCUUUUAGUGGGCUUUUCCCUCUGAAAGGCUGAGUCCAACCAAACCUUCACCUCCUGUCUGACUGGACGUCACAAACAUCACUUUAACCAUCAUUGUUUUGUCAAUGUUCACCUGCCCCUGCUGAAAAUUUGUGCAGAUGUAGAUUUUGUUUUCUA